AUGGAUCAAGAAUCAUUUAUUAGUAAUGAAGUCUUCAAUUGUAAUGAUAUAUCUGAACUGGAAGACUUUCUCAACGGAUUCGAUGGCGAUUUUAUGAGUAAAUUAGAAGAAGAACUUUCAUUAGUCGAUAAUGAUUCAAAUUUAGAUUGGUGUAUUGACAAUAAAAGUAAUGUUGAAAAGCAAUCUCAAGCAUCGCCACAGUGUAAUCCAGGCGGAAAUCCAUUAGUUUCCCAAUAUUCGCAAAAUAGAAAAACACAGUCAAAUGAUGUGCCACAACCGAAGAGCAGUCCGAUACUUGGCGUGUAUAGCAGGGAUGAAGAAUAUAAUUUGCAACUAUCUAACGACGGCGCACCUUUGCCGGAUGUUACUCAGCACGGGCAGACUCGGGUUUCACCACAAUCUCCCAUGGUUAUUCAACAGGUGGUUCAAAGUCCAGUUUAUGUCAAUAUUACUAAAGCAAACUUGCAGCAAAUUCCAGAUGGUAGAGCUUCUCUUGUGCAAAUUGAUGGAGGCACACAACUUACUCAGGCACAUAAACAUCAAUCAACUCAGCCACUCUUGAUACCAAAUAAUGCAAAAAAUGUAACUCCAUUUAUUCUUAAAAGUGCUGAUCCAAAUUUCUCACCAGUUAUUUUGAGAUCAAGUGUAAUCAAUCCAGAAGCCCAGACUUUGAUGUAUAUGAAUGAACCAAUACCAGCUACUACUACUCAAGGUAUAUUGACAAAUUCAAAUUCAAGUACUGAAAAUAGGCCAAUACAUACAUUUUUCACAAGCAAUAAUGGCCCAACACUUUUAACUGGUAUUCCUGUUGUCCUUGAUGGCGAUAAGUUUGCCUUGAACCAAGCACCAAAUUUAGCAGUGCCCAAAGUCAAAGAGGUGAAAAGAAGUGCUCAUAAUGCAAUUGAGAGACGUUACAGGACUAGUAUUAAUGAUAGGAUAAUUGAGCUGAAGAACAUGCUGGUAGGGGAAGAAGCCAAGCUGAAUAAAUCUGCAAUACUACGGAAAACAAUUGAGUACAUAAAAUAUCUGCAGAAUCAAAACACCAGACUGAAACAGGAGAACACUGCUUUAAAAUUAGCUUGCCAAAAGUCGGGUGUAAAGGAACCAGUUUUCGACGGAGCAAUCACACCCCCACAUAGUGACAUUUCUUCUCCGUACCAGUCACCGCACCCUCUCGAUAGUGAUUCGCCAUCUUCUCCAGAUUUUAAGGUCGAAGAAAAAUAUUCAAAAGUGGUUAUAGGAAUGGGUGAUCACUCUCGCCUAGCACUUUGUGCAUUUAUGGUUGGAUUAAUUGCUUUCAACCCAUUUAGCGCUUUCUUUGGAGCUUUCAUGUUUGAAUCCACAUCUACUGACUAUUCAACAAGAAUUGAUCAAAGAAGAAUAUUAUCUGAUGAAAAUUUCAGUUCUGUUGGAGCAUCAUGGGGAUUGAGGAUUUUCAACACAUCUCUUAUUUACUUAGUCAACUUUAUUAUACUUGGAUUAUGUCUUAUAAAGUUACUGGUUUAUGGAGAUUCUGUUCCCAAAUCACAAUCAAAAGAAGCUGGUCUUUUUUAUACACACAAACGGCAGGCUGAAAAUUAUUUAAAAAAGGGCGAUCUAACAAAUGCAAGAUUAGAAUUCCACCGUUCGUUGGCCGUGUGUGGAAAGAGUGUGCAAGCUGGAGGUGCAGGUCACGCAAAGUACUCUGCUCUUGCUGCUACAGUUCUAAGACAGAUUUUGCAACGGUUGCCUUUCGGUGGUUACUUAGCCCGUCGUGCGGGUGAUUUAUGGAAAGACAGUCCUGCAAGGAGAGCCACACGACACUGGGCUGCAGAAGUAUCAAAUGUUUCGAAUCGCUUGGCGCAAUUGGAAAUAUUGUCGGGCCACAGCGGUCGCAGCGGACGCGUGUUGAUUAUAUACCAAAAAUUGGAAACUGGUUGUGCGGAUACUACCUGCGCGCGUGCAGCUCGUGGUGCGGCGCGGGGGGCGCGGGCGCGGGGAGCGCGCGGCUGGGCUGGGCGGGCAGCGCGCGCGGGCAGCGCUUCCUUGCGCGCGCGCCGCUGGAGCUACGAGCGCGCGCCGCCGCACGCCGCUUUGCUUUCCCGCCUGCCCAACCCCGCCGACCCGCUCGCCUACGCCAUGCGGGCUUAUCAUCUGGAACUGCUUCAAAAGAGUCUGCACAUGUUGCUCCGUGCAGACGAGCGCAGUAACACUCGCGACGUUCUCGACCUUGUUAAAUUAAUUAUUGACGAUGUUUCUACCGACGCCCCACAACAUACAGGUUGCUGGGAUCCAGUUAUGGAGUGGUGGACAAACAUUGUUGGUGUUGCGGCUACGUGGCUGUUGGGGGAUAUCAGUAAAGCAAAUGAAAUUGGUGAUAGACUCAAUAUGUUGCCCGAGUCCCUUGUAAAUAGUGAGGACCCAUUACCUGGGGCACUGCACAUGGCAUACAAAAGUCGGCGCGGUCUUCUAAGCCUCGCUCAGUGUCGAGAUGAACGCUCCAUCGAAAGGACAUCGGGGAUCAUUCUCAAGGUGUGCGAUAUCGCUGGAGCCCGAUUAGCAGAUUCGCUGGCAUAUUAUUGCUGCCGAAAACCAACACAGCUCAUGAUGCUGAUGCAAGUACUGUGCUGCGACUGGGUGUUGGAGGUGCGUGCGGGCGUGUGGGAGGCGGGCGCCGGGCUGCGGUCCGACCCCGCGCCGCACGCGCAGCUGCAAGCCUUCCAGCGGGACUUGCACUCGCUGCGGAGACUGUCGCAAGCUCUGCCGUGGGUGACGUCACGAGUGUUUCUCCACUCGGCGGUGUGCAGAAUGAUGGCUGGCGCUGCACCGAGGCGGACGCAACAGUUGCUUGAUGGCAGUUUGCGGCCGCGCUGCAGUCGUUCGUCAAUUAUUUGUGGCAAAGAGCGCUCGCUAGAGGGCGGCGGUGGAGCGGGCGAGCGCGCGGUGGCGCUGUACAUGGCGUGCCGGCACCUGCCCGCCGCACUGCUGGCCGCGCCUGGCGAGCGCGCUGGCAUGUUGGCGCAGGCCGCCGCCACGCUGCAGCGCAUUGGCCACCGCAGCCGCCUGCCGCACUGCUACCACCUUAUGAAGUCCCUCGGCACGCUGCCCGCCGCGCUGUGA